AUGGCAAGCAGCAGCGGCUCUAAAGCCGAAUUCAUUGUCGGUGGGAAAUAUAAGCUUGUCAGAAAAAUUGGAUCUGGGUCAUUUGGUGACAUAUACCUGGCGAUCAACAUCACAAAUGGAGAGGUAAAAAACAUUCAAAUAUAAUUUCGACCAAGUGGGUAACUGUUAAUGUUAACUAGCUAACCGUUAGCUCUGUCAAUCAACAGCCAAGCUGACUAAACGAGAUUGAACAGGGGUAUAUUCGUUACGCAAAACGUUUACUGUUUAAGAACCAAACGAAACUGGGAGGAAUUUACAUGAAUUUGUCCAUUAGAAAAUCUAUAUUAAGUUGCAAAAGUUUUCCGUUUAGAAUAAACAGAUUCUGUUGCUAAACGUUUUGCAACAGAAUCGGCCGCAUGAAUACACCCCAGUAGAUUGUUUAGUUAGCGUCAACUAGCCUUGCUUAGCUAACUGAAAUGUUGUCCAACGAUACUGAAUGAUAGCUACGUUAGCCUAGCUAGCCAACUGUCAUCUAAGAUUGUAGAUAUUGGUCAUUGUGAACCGUGUACAUAACGUUAUUUUCUUAGAAAUUAAACGUUUGUUGUACCUAGUAAAUUAGGAUUGCAUUAAUGCAUCUUUAUUUAGUUAAAGUCAGCUAGCCAAUUCGGCUACUGGAAAGUAUGUAGACUGUACUAGGCUACUUAUAACUGAUUCUUUUGUAUUGCAGGAGGUAGCUGUAAAAUUGGAAUCUCAGAAAGCCAGACACCCACAGUUGUUAUAUGAAAGCAAACUGUACAAAAUCUUACAAGGAGGAGUUGGAAUCCCACACAUAAGGUAAUAUACACGUAAUUGUCUUUUGAACACAGUUUAAUAUUUGACAUGUAUUUGAAAAUGAGAGACGAGUCAUAUAUUUGUGCAACAUUUGUACAAAGUUAGAUCUUGCCUGCAAACACAUUUCUAGUUUAUUUUACCAUAUGCCAACUGCAGCUAGCUCUGAUAGCUAACGUUAGCAAACUAGCUGGCAUUAGCUUUAAUCUCCUUGGCUUCAUUAUUUUCCUUGGUCUUUGCUUAUGGAGACGUUGCACAUUUACUUUAAACUUUAAGAUUCUUCGAACGCAAAAUCCGUCAUGAACCAUGUUGGUUUGUUCACUGUUCCAGCUUUAACAUGUUAAGAAAUUAUCAUGCAAUCAAAAAUCGGUGGUUGGAAAUGGCCGCUCCUCUUUUGUUGUUUGUUCCAACAUGUCUUCCUUCCCUGUUAGAAAAUGGCGGCUCAGCGCUAGCGAAAACAACUAUCUGGGCCUAGUGGUUUUGUAUCCUCAAGGUGACUUCAACGCUAAAGUGGCACCUAAUAUAUAACGUCAAACACCGUAAAGUAAUUUAUUUUCGAUUUUGUGGUUUACAGGGCCAUUGAAGAGUGAGACUUGGGUAAUGACACUGAAUUUAGAAUCGAGGCAGGCUGUAAACUGGAUGUGCACUUUUAAAACAGAACUGAGUUGGGGACCAUAGUACUUACACUUUCAACAUAUGUAUUAUCAAGUAUCAGUGAAACACGUAAUUAUGUAUUUUGUUUAGUUGUAAUUUAUGUGAAUUUAGGGUGUUGUGACAAAAUACACCACUGGUUUGCAUUUGACUUGGGAAAAGGACAUACGGAUACUAUUACUAGUGUGUGAAUUGAAUAAAAGUCGUCAAAGUUUGUGAAGAAAGUUACAAUUGGGUUGAAGUUUUGUAACUAUUUGUUUUUGAUAUGCGAGGAAUGGCACAGUCAAUGCUAUUUAAUGCUGAAUAGUUCAUGCUCCGAUUAAGUGUUGAUGGUCCUUAGGCUCUGCUGCUUAGAAUUACUUAAUGGAAGAAAGAUAGGACUACUGGCCCUGCCAUGAUUCUUCUGGAUCAAAUUUCUCCCACAAGAACUCACGCCAUAGUGAUGUAGAGGCUUCUAAGUAUUUAUGUACUACUGAAACAUUUGCAGUAGACAUUUUGGACUUGCCACACCAUUUUAUCUGCUAUUCUCUCCAGGUACCUGCCCUGGGUAUUAACCUUGUAAUGAAUAAGGGCACACUGCCCUAAAUGAGCUAGACAGCUUUGGUGAUUAAGCAAUAAGGUAAAGAUAAUUUCUGAAUAGGACAGGGUAACGCCCCUGUGUCCCUGGAGUCCACAUAAGAUACUAGAGCAAUAAGUAAGCAGACUAGUUUCACCGCUUACUUCCUUGGUUAUACAAUUUAAUCAAAGCCUUUUUUGUUAGGUGAGGUUUGCAUUGAGCUUUGUCAUGGUGCACCCUGUGGACUGCUUGGAGAAAUAAGAAAGUGGUUGUAUAAGCGGGUGUUUCAUGCUCCCUCUAUACUGUCAUAGUCGGUUGUUUGUUUUCAGGUACAUCAUCAGCAUGUGGCUGGUGCACCUGUCUAGUUCUGAGCUUGGGGACAUUCCUGUUAUGGAACUCACCUGACAGUUCUGCAAACAUUCUGGAAAACUGGCACCACUUAAUUGACCUCAGGUGUAAUGUGUUGGUGAGCUAAGUUAUUGACAUGAAAAAAUGCCAUUCUAUUACUGCGUAGUGAGUUUGCAAACAACUUUCUCUUUAGUAAAGAAAAAGACCAACAGAUGAAGUCCACUGGAAACGUAAAACUAUAAAGUGUCCUCCCUACUUCAGCUCACGCUAUAACCAGUACUGCAGCUGCAAUGAAUGAGUAUAGCAAAGUGUUUCUAUAAGCGUGAAUUAUUAGCGGCUUCUUUUUUUUAUAUCAAGGAAUAUUUCACUUUCUCUGGUCAUAGGAGUAACAGCAUGAAUUGGUGCACGAGGCAGCAAUAUUGCAGUGCGACUUGAGUUUCGCCGUCAGUUGGAAGACUGUCCCCUUUUCUCAGAGGAGGGAGGGAUGGUGAGUUGGUGAAAGACAGACUCACCGCUAGCUUCGAUGCAACCAAGAGUUUUUACACAGCACAAUGUAAAAACUCAAACUGUCUUGGUUGCAUCGCAGUUACCUCAAUGCUGCUCUUCCUCCCUCAGACUUACCAUCAGAUGAAGGCCAUCAGUCCAGUAAAAUAAAAUAUAUUAAAAGUGAGAUUAUUCUCACUCAGCUGUGCCUCACAAGUAAUACAACAAAUGAUCUAUUACCAGUGUGAUCAUAUACCUCAAAUGUAGAAUAUAAUUUCUAAAUGGUCUGAGAAAAACAACAUUGGCAGGCAAUUCAAGCAUAGCCAAUAUGCAGUGAUAACGUAUUGGGCCUAUAGCCUACUGCAGUGGUUCCCAACCUUUUUCGGUUACUGUACCACCAACAGAAUUUUGGUUUGCCCGGAGUACCCCUGAAGUACCCCAUGUGCAUUUUACCAGUAGGCUAUGGUCUCAUGAGUCUUCUCAAAUACCCCCUGUGGAUAGGCCAAGUACCCCCAGGGGUCCUAGUACCCCUGGUUGGGAACCACUGGCCUACUGCACAAACCUCAUUGCUACAGAACUGUUUUUACCAAAGAUGCAUAGACGUACAUUUUAGUAGUCUAGUAGUGUUAAAAAAAAAUCUGAGCUGUAGAUCUCUGCUUGCAUUUUGACUCAAAGUGAUCUUGACUCAGAAGGUUGGUGACGCUGCUCUACGACAUCCACAACUGUUUGAGCUACAAACGAAUAAGUCACCCCCAUCGAAAGAUGGGACUCUCACAAACACGACAAUGUUUGUUUCGCUCUACGACAUCCACAAGCUUUACGGCAGUCGCCUGAACGCCGUCCUAAUUUCGACGAGGUUUUCUCACAAGACCGACUGUCCAGACCGAACAGUUGGCGCUACAAACUGUCAACAAUAUAGAAAGGGGAGACUCUCAUGAAUGUCUGUUUUUCGACGCACACAAGCUUCAGUGGAGUCGUCUGAAGGUAACCCAGUACUGUGCUGUAAAAAUGGCACAGCGUGCAUAGGGGGUAUGCAGCCUGAGUUUUCUUAUCUCAGAUAUAACACUUCUUAUGGUUUAUUUUUUGACUCUCUGUUUUGCCAUGUACAAAUGCCUUAUUCAAUGCAUUUCUAUGGGCUAAAGCACAAAAAUACAAUGUUAUAUCAAAUAUACCGUACCAGUCAAAAGUUUGGACACCUACUCAUUUAAGGCUUUUUCUUUAUUUACUAUUUUUACUACAUUCUAUAUAUAUAUAUAGCCAAAAGUUUGGACACCUACUCAUUCAAGUGUUUUUAUUUCUAUAUUGUAGAAUAAUAGUGUACACAUCAAAACUAUGAAACAACACAUAUGGAAUCAUGUAGUAACCAAAUAAGUGUUAAACAAAUCAAAAUAUACUUUAUUUGAGACUUUUAAAAGUAGCCACCCUUUGCCUUGAUGACAGCUUUGCACACUCUUGCACCGGUUUUGUUGAGUAAUUGAAGCAAAUAAACGCCUGGGCUAUUAUUCCAAGUUUUACGGUAUUUGAAGACAAUUCUUGUGGACCUUGGCAUGAUGGCUUACUGGUAACCUGAACACUAGAGCUGCAUUCUGUGACUUAGCUACAUACCGUGUAGAUGAGACCCGUUUUGUGUUAACUCCAGUCAUGGAUAUGCCCAGCCCUUGGCUGUUGGCAGGUAAAGAGCGGAAUUUCUAAUUUGCAUGAAUGAAAGCAGAGACUGGGAGUUACCUUGGCAAAGGCCUUUUCAGAAUUCUUGUUACCGGUACAUUUAAUUAAUUUUGCAUUAAUGUGCGCUGCAGGGCAGUACAGGCUUUGAGGCCUAGUGAGUAGUGUCAGAAGCUGUAAAGUGUGGUUUUGAAUUUAGCCGUUUUAGAGUGUUUGGGAAGCUUGUUACUGUAGGACAUAGCAGGAAGAUUAAAAUAAUUCAUGGAACUUUUUCAAAGCCAGAAGAACCUGCUGAAGAAGCCCCACCUCCCCACUCUGCCUGUUGCAAUUGAAUGGCUGUGUUGUAAUCAACAGGAAGGGAAGUCUCAUGCUUGUGCAUUCCCUCUUGGUUCCAUUGAGAUUAUGAAACCUUGCUCUUUUUUUAAUUCCACCUUCAAAAAAUGCAAUGCCCAUCUAUUCGUUAAUGACAUGUCUCUUGUUUCUUUCCUUAAUUGAGUCCCUUUUGUAGUUGCAUGUUGGUUAGGGUCUCAUAAGCUUGGGUUUCUACUGAUAUUAUGCCCAUAUUUCUUUUGUUUUUGAGCAGCGUGCUGUUGGCCUCUCUAAAAGAGGAAAUUAGUCUCACAAAGAGGCCUGUAGUUUCCUUUAAUGCGUUUGCCCGAGCAGUAUUUAUGAACAGUAUUCAACUAGUGGAUUGCUUAUUGUGCUUGGACUCUAAUUGACUGUAGUUUAACAUGUAGCCUAGAUGGCAUACACAUUCUCUGUACAAUUUUAUUUAUAUGGUUUAAGUACGGUGUUGUCUGCCCUGAUUUUCCAGGGUUCUUCGUAUUCACAAUGUAUUUUUUCUGUCAAAACCCUCUAUUUGACAUUUUCUCCAUAUUGAUAAAAUGUAGCAGUACACUUUCAGCAUGUCAAGGUACAUGGUUUAUCAGCAUAUUGAGCGUUUCCUGUUUUGCGUUCUGAAGAUUGGCAUGUUUUAAAUUAGUCUGUAUCUGAAUUGGCUCUGGCCUGGAAUUUUCCACUGACAAUUCCAAUAUGGAUCUACCCACCUCUAGAGCUUUGCAUAGGCCUACCACAUUUUACCACCAUACUUUUUGGCAGCUACAUGUUGGCUGUUACUCAUGUGCUAGGGGGGCUGUGUCCAGGGGUGUGUAAGGUUGUUGAAGUGCAGAGUUUGGAAUGGUUUGCUUAAUUCAAGGUACAUUUGCUCUUCUGCCAUCAUGGACGGUCUUUUGAAAUGCUGUUGACCAACAACACCCUUACAGUGCUCGACAUUAACGCUUGUCCUCUUGUCCGGAACAAGUAAAAAAAUAAUAAUAAUAAAGAAUAUAGAUUUGGUUGUCCAAAUGAACAAGUAUAAAAAAUAAUCACAAACAAUUACUGCAAUAAGAUUUGGAUCAGAGAGGCCAAUAUUGGAAAAAUAUUGAAAUGUAUUUUUCAUGUAAGUAAAUAAAUAAAGCCUACAUGUAUAUUGGCUACAGCCUCGUGUCCAAACCAAUGCUGACAUAAGGGAGGCGCCAGAAAAUGGAGCCAAAAUUGAGACUUUUAAUUACAUAAAUAUAGGCUAAAUGCCGGUCAUGUUUGACGACUAAUAAUGAAGGAUGAUUAAACAUUAACGUCUAAAGACUUGAUUCUGUCGACAUACUCGAGGCACGGUGUGUUCAGAUGGUCACAAUACCGGAGAGUGAAGGACCGUGCCUGUUGCUCACCGCACAUCACCCACCUUGAAUCUGAGCGGAGGCGCUCAGCAUUUUGAAACUGUUUAACCAUAAACUUAAUUGUUUAAAACUUGGACAAUUUGUUAUUUUAUGAAACAUUUCUUACUUUGUUUCUAAGUAGCCUAGCCAAAAUAAGACCAUAGAAAUGUUGAGGGAAUUAUUAUAUAAACAUUUGGGUAUAAUAUGCCAUUGAAAGCAGAAUUCAUGUUCUAUUGGUUUUCAAAUCAACAUUUUUUUCAUUCUUCAGCAGCCAAAGGCAUAGUCCUAGUCAUAAGUAAACCAUGCUAGUUGAUGCAUCUCUAGAUCUCCACUCUUUCUUAAUUUUAAUCUGUCACAGGAAACCGCUCACGCGUGCAGUGCUUUUAUUUUCUAAAGUGGUGUCUGGAAAUAAUACAAUGAUGUAAAAGUUGUUAAAGACCAUUUUAAAUUUUUGGACAAGUGACUUGAUCUAUUGGACAAGAAAAAAUCAAGCCCUGCCAUAGCUAAUUCCAAAACGAUCUAUCUGUUAAAUUUUUUUGCCUGACUCUGUUUGUUUUUCCCCAAUUUCCGCUUCCUCCGGUUUCCGUUUUCGCUCUCAAAAUCACACGUAAAAAAACAACAACAUCUAAUCUAAGUCUGCAACAAUGCUUAAACAACAUCAGGAGACCACUUUUGAGGUCUGGGAAAAAGGUGAGAAAUUUAGAUUUUGGGGUGUAAUUUUCCCUUUUAAAUUCCAGUGCUCACAGCAAGAGGCUGUUUAGCUGUGUUUUUGUAGCGCACAUGUGAUGUUAGUUUGCUAAACAAAAUACCCAUUGAUUGAUGCAAAUAAUUAAGAUUUAAUUCUGCCAGGUUAAUAGGGAUGUAACGAUUCACUGAUAGGCAUCAGGUCCCAAUUCACAUUUUUAAGAUGGAUGUAGCAUGCAUCGGUCCAUUUUUUUCUCUCCAAAUGUUACGAAUCGCCGGUUCACCAUUUCCUUUGCUCAUAUUUUUACUUUCUACCUUCCCAAAUUACCUUGUAUUUUGUAACAACUGAUGCGUCCUCUCCUUCAGUGUCGAACUAAGCAUGUAACUGUGUUGAGUCAUUGAUCAAGUCAUUUUGCAUGCUGAACAACCCAGGCAAUAUCAGUAGCCUAGUCAAACUGUGCGCUGACCAAGUGGUAGGCCGCACGUCACCUUCAGCAUUCAAAUGUUUCUAAUGGCUUAAGCAAUGUUAUUAUUAUUAUUAUUAUUAUUAACAAUAGUAUUAUUAUUAUUGGAAUGGCAACUGUCAUUUGCUUGGUUAUUGUUAUCAAAUGCGCUGUUGAAAAUUGUGUUUUAGGCUACAUUCGAUUUUAUUUCAAUUGUUCAGGUUCACCAUCAGCAGUAGUUUUGGUAGUUUUGCCUUAAACAAUCAGUGUAUAUGGUCAUUUUUAGAUAUACUGGGUAAAGUUGAUAAUUUCAUAACAGGCACAGGAAUGUAUUUUUCUACCCGCACUGCACGGGUCAAAGCAGGAGGAAAAUAACUUCCAAACAGUCUAAACCAUUCGAAUUUGAGAUGACGGUGAAAUCCAAAGUUGUGCUAUAUAUAUUCAUUGGCUAUGUCAUAGCUAAUUUAAGAUAAAUAUUCAUACAUUACUAGCUCAAACUUUGAAUCUGCAAAAAUGACAUUAAUUAGUGGGUGAUGGUGAUUUCCGAAUCACUGAUGCAUUCUGUUCAUGUCUAAUGAUAAACUUGGGCAAAUUAAUAAAUGUUCAAUACAGUUCAUUUUUUGGGGGGCGACUUCACUUCAGCCCCCCCGACGUAGAAUAUCAUUGAAUUACAAUAUCCUGAAAUGUGCACCAUCAAACAAUUUACAAACAAUUUAUUUACUCCAUCACCCAUGUUUGUUUCUGGUCCUUCUCUCCUCCAGGCAUUGAUGCUGUUGAACUGGGAUGUACAGUUUUUCUUGCCACCACAAAUCAAAUGACAAAACCUUAAAAUCAAUUGCAUUUUCAUCUCAAAUCAUAAUGGAAAAGGCAUCAAUAAAUACAUUUAUUCAAGAACAUUGAUCUUUCUCAAAAACGUUUGUAUAUUGUCCCAUACAAUUUUGAAUCUUCAAGUUCUUCCACACCGAUCUUGACAAACCAUUUCUGUAUGGACCUCGCUUUGGGCACGGGGGCAUUGUCAUGCUGAAACAGGAAAGGGCCUUCCCUAAACUGUUGCCACCAAAGGUGGAAGCACAGAAUCGUCUAGAAUGUCAUUGUAUGCUGUAGCGUUAAGAUUUCCCUUCACUGGAACUAAGGGGCCUAGCCCGAACCAUGGAAAAACAGCCCCAGACCAUUAUUCCUCCUCCACCAAACUUUACAGUUUGCACUAUGCAGAGAGCGUUCUCCUGGCAUCCGCCAAACCCAGAUUAGUCCGUUGGGCUGCCAGAUGGUGAAGUGUGAUUAAUCACUCCAGAGAACACGUUUCCACUGCUCCAGAGUCCAAGUGCGGCAAGCUUUACACAACUCCAGCCAACGCUUGGCAUUACGUAUGAUGAUCUUAGGCUUGUGUGCGUCUGCUCAGCCAUGGAAACACAUUUCGUGAAGCUUCCGACGAACAGUUAUUGUGCUGAAGUUGCUUUCAGAUACAGUUUGGGACUCGGUAGUGAGUGUUGCAACCGAGGACAGACGAUUUUUACACACUACGUGCUUCAGCACUCAGCGGUCCUUUUCUGUGAGUUUGUGUGGCCUACCACUGCGCUGCUGAGCCGUUGUUGCUCCUAGACGUUUCCACUUCACAAUAACAGCACUUAUAGUUCACCGGGGAAGCUCUAGCAGGGCAGAAAUUUGACCAACUAAUUUGUUGGAAAGGUGGCAUCCUAUGACGGUGCCACGUUGAAAGACACUGAGUUCUUCAGUAAGGGCGUUCUACUGCCAAUGUUUGUCUAUGGAGAUUGUAUGGUUGUGUGCUCGAUUUUUUACACCUGUCAGCAACGGGUGUGGCUGAAAUAGCCCAAUCCACUAAUUUGAAGGGGUGUCCACAUACUUUGUAUAAAUAGUGUACGUCGUUCCCCUACAAUACCUCUUUUUUUUUUGGUGGAUUCUUGGACAAGAUGGUUGCCUGGCGACUGCUGGUCUGGCAGUGUACUGGAGAGGUGUUGGGAGUCCCCCUGACCUCUAAUGGCAGAGCUGUGAAGAUUACAUUUGACUCUUUAACUAGCACCAGGCCCUGCUUUAAAAAUGAAACCACCCUGUUAAUGAUAGAUAAGGCCUCUGUAAUUCACUAGAGUCCCAGGGGUUUUGAUGGGGUUAUGAUUACCCCCAUGCUCUUUAAAUGUUGCAGAGGCCUAAUAAAUUACUCUGUGAUUGCUAUGCAAAUUACUACACAUUUUUACCUAAGACAACGCCAAUACAUAACUUUUGUUCUGAGUUAGCAUGAAUAUUGACGUAUGGCUGGUGCUGUCUUGCAGGUGGUAUGGCCAAGAAAAAGACUACAAUGUCCUAGUGAUGGACCUGCUGGGACCCAGUCUGGAAGACCUCUUCAACUUCUGCUCACGCAGGUUCACCAUGAAAACUGUACUAAUGCUCGCAGACCAGGUAAGGCUCGGUUGAAUCAUUGCUCCUUAUCUUGCACUUUGGCCCCUUAACUUCGUCUGGUUGCUUUUUUUGUUUUUAUUAAGAUAAACACAAAACAUAUAGAUUUUCUGGCUGCAAAAGGGAGAAUGACUAGAAACACACAUUUUUAUGAAACGUUUGAAAAUGGGUUUACAAGAACACCAGUCUAUUUUCAAGUUCUUGCGUUAACUGAUUGAGAGCCAUUUUUUUCCACAGAUGAUCAGCAGAAUCGAGUAUGUGCACACAAAGAACUUCAUUCACAGAGAUAUCAAGCCAGACAACUUUUUAAUGGGUAUUGGCCGUCACUGUAACAAGGUAAGCUUACAGCAGUUUCCCUGUCCUGAGAUGCAUUAAGUGGACUGAAUCUCUGACCUAGUUACUGCUUUUGUUUAUACUUCAUUGUGUGAAAUGAUACAAGUAGCCCAAAUUAUCUAGUUUUUAUACGUUUUGGUGGUGCCAAGUAUUUUUUGUAGAAAAUAUUCAUAAUAUAAUCCUCAGUGAGGCUAAUCAUGUGAUUAUUUUCUUUGAAUAGGCUGCAUGUCCUGGGUAAUGGACAUUUAAGGCUAGUUGUUUGUGGUUGGUUUAGUCCACUUGUUAAGGAUGGAAUUGUUUUAAGGUACUUUUACGGCCAGGUAAUACAGGCCCUCUGGUUUCUUAGACAGCAUUAUAGUUGUGGAUCUCUUUCAGAUCAUAGACAGGUGUUAGUAAGACUACAAAAAGGUUUCUGCAUGAUGUGUAAUCCCAUUUAUUCUUUCCCCCUUGCAGAAAAUCAUUUAAAGGCAUUUUGUGAUAAUUUUUUCAUAUACAAACUGUAUUCAAGUUGCCUGAUUUGUAUUUUGUUUUUUAAAUAACUCACUAUUUUGAGCCCUUGCAGACAGGCAACAUUUGGCAAAGUUAAAGCAGGAUGUGUGUUUUAACACAGACCUGUCCACAUGAACUGUGGCGGUCGUUAGUGUUAAUGUGAUAUAAACUUAUCAGUCAGCAUCAGGCUAGUCUAAUUAAAACGAAGCAGUACCUUUUGGGGUAUUCAAGCUUUGAAGCCUGUAUUACCAUUUUUGACAGUGCUGUCUGGAAUAAGUGUUUACCAUUGUGUGUCUGUGUGAAUGCCAGCCUCAAGCUUUUUUACAUACACAUGAAAUUGUCACUUUUUUUUUUUUUUUUUUACUAAACUCCACCAACAUUAUAAAGGGUGCACAUACAAUCCUUUUGGACUGCAAGCUCUGACACCCAAGCCUGAGAAGUCUUGCGCAGGGUGUGCACUGAACUCAAUGGAUGGGAAGACAUGGCAGAUUAGUAGCUUUUGCGAACCCCACUCUAUCCUCUUGAUGUUUAAAAUGAACUGCCUUUCUCUUCACUUGAACUCGUUCCGCAUUCUGCUUCCAACCUGCUCUUUUACAAUGGUGCUUAUUAAACCCCUUAGCUUGUGCCCAAAAGGGUGGUAGCCUUUAAUUCAGGAAGUGUGUUUCUGAAUUAGUCUUCAUUUGGACAUAGCUCCAUUGAUGAAAAUAAAUCUAACAUUUUGCUAACAGUAGAGUGAAGAGCAAUAGUUAAACUUUAACCCCCCACUCUUUAAUCGAUUGCUAGUGUACACCGCACCAACAAUAGAUUUUUCCCUAUUGUUUUGAGAGUGAUACUCAGCUUGGCAUCAUUGUAAUCUAAUUGCUUGUUUUUUUGCUUUGUCCUGGGCUGUUCAAUAGAAAUCUUCUAAGUAAGAGCCACUAUCAUAAAGGCUGUCCUGUCAUGCAUCUCUCGCAGCUAUGCUAAAUCUACUCCAUGUAUUGACGGCUCCAUGCAGAUUGAUUCAUGUUCCUUUCUAACUGCAUGCUUUUCCUCUGUUUUGCGCUGUAGAGCUGCUCGUUGCCAGAUUGGGCUUUUCCAAAGUAUUCUACCCUCUUCCUUACUGAAGGUGUCCACCGUUUCCAAGCCAUCAGAAUAAACUUUUAAACAAUUAUUUGAUCCAUUGCUUCCUGUGAGAUAUCAAGGAGGUGGUGGGGUUGGGUGGCAGCGUUUUUUUACAAAGCUUUUUCACACCUUAUUGUUAAAUGAGUGCCCAUUUUAGGGAAUGGCCUUAAUUAUUUGCCUUCUCUUUUAACCCUAGUUGUGCCAGUAAGUCAACUGCAUAUUGUGUUCUGUACCCAGGCAGACUGUUACUCCAAAUUUGUAAAAUGAUUAUCGUAAAAAGCACUGGUGUGGCACUGCUAGCGUUAAAUGCUGCAAUAUCAAAAAGCCACUGCAAAGUCAAAAACGCGAAACAGGCUUGGAAAUAAGUGUUUGCUUUUUUAGCAAGAUAAAAUAACUUAGGGAUUGGGCAGUUAUAUUGUCUUCAGUUCUGCCUCUGACUGAAAUUGGUAUGGCAGUGUGGACUGCAUAUCCUGCAGGACAUCCCACCCCCAUCUGCCUAAAUACUGGCUUGCAUCUAAGCCCAGGCUGACUCUUCUCUGAAUUUAGCUCAUAUGCUUGCUGGUGGACGAAGGAUGGCCUUGGGCUUUCUCUCCCCUCCCCUUUUCCUCCCUCUCCUCCCGUUCUUUUUCUGAGCCUUGGUGUUGCCUGUCUGCGCUGGCCUUGUGGGGUUGUCAGCAAUCCUGUUUGAUGCACUGCACCCUCUAUUGUUUGUUCAGUGUUUAGAAUCUCCAGUGGGGAAGAGGAAAAGAAGCUUGGCUGUUAGUUCUUCUCAGGACCCAUCUUUCUCAGGAUUAAACCAGGUCUGAAACCACAACCGCCUCUUAAUACUCCCCCAACUUCUGUUGACCUUUUUAUUUUAUUUUAUACCCAUUUAGAAGCAGUACUACUUUUUUAUUUAAUUUGGUCAAUAAUUUAUGACCACCGUAUUGGCAUUAAACCAGACACACAUGUUAAACAGAUCUAGAGAUUAACACCAAAUCCAGAUUGCAGGGAUCUGAGAGUAGGUGGAUAAAGGACAUGGUGACUAGUAGCGGGAGAUGCUGUUGAAUUUUCUGGAGGAUGGUUUUUUUGAGGGGACACGCUCUCCUCUCAUUUGAAGUGGUCAUGGUGCUAAUUUAUAUUUUGGAUGCUUUUCCAUUUCCUUGGAGCUGUUUUCACUGAGUUUUUCGUGCCAGCUAAACAAUAUUAUUUUCUCUUCUUAGUUUCCCAAAUUAUCAUUUCCUUCUGGGUUUUAGGAUACUCAACACAGGAAAAUAUCAGUCACUAACCCUUAUGAGUAGUGUGUCCAUUUCAAGUGACCGUGCUGGCCAAAACAAGCCAAAAUUGAGGUGAGAUCACAGGGCAAUAUUUUCAAGUUCGUAAAGAUUUUCUGUCUGCUCAGCAGAGCUGUAGCUACUUGGUUUAUAUGACUUGCACCUUGGCAUUACAGAGGAGGGAUAACUGGGCCAUGUGGCUGUGAGAACUGUGCUGUGGUGAUGCCUCUCUGUUCCAGAGCAACUGGCAAUGUGGCAGCCUUUGAGCUGGUCUGAACCAGCUGCCUGUUAACAGAGACAGUGCUGCUGACUUCACAGCCUGCCUGGCCUGGCCAACUGUUGGCCAGCAGCCAGAGGCAUAAUGAGCAGAAAAAAAGGAGUGUUUGGAAAUACAGGGCCUGAAAAGCCCGACUGAGGACCUGCACGGCAGACGGGUGUGGUUAGGUUAUACAUGCUCGCAGACCUAAAGUUCCUUCAACAUUUUUCAGUUUUUUCAAGUUGGAAGAGAACUAGACUGUGCUUGAAGGCUAAUUACUAGUAUGGCAUUGCAUAACCAGAACCCUCAGUCAGAAAAUGAUCAUACAUACUUUGACUUAGCUUUAAAAGUAUCUAGGUUUGUGCUACUUUGUUUCACAGGUUGGUUUGUUAGGAUGGGCCUGUUGAGUCAAUAUGGUUGUUUUUGAGAUGAAUGUUUCAGUAUGUUGACUAAAAUUGUUCCAGUAGGAACCAAAAAUCCAAGAAAUGGAGUGACUCGGCAUGUUAGAGCUGAAACCAACAUGUACAGUGAGGGAAAAAAGUAUUUGAUCCCCUGCUGAUUUUGUACGUUUGCCCACUGACAAAGAAAUGAUCAGUCUAUAAUUUUAAUGGUAGGUUUAUUUGAACAGUGAGACAGAAUAACAACAACAAAAUCCCAAAAAAAGAUUUCUGGCUUCCAGGUGUCUUUUAUACAGGUAAUGAGCUGAGAUUAGGAGCACACUCUUAAAGGGAGUGCUCCUAAUCUCAGCUUGUUACCUGUAUAGUCACCUGUCCACAGAAGCAAUCAAUCAAUCAGAUUCCAAACUCUCCACCAUGGCCAAGACCAAAGAGCUCUCCAAGGAUGUCAGGGACAAGAUUGUAGACUUACACAAGGCUGGAAUGGGCUACAAGACCAUCGCCAAGCAGCUUGGUGAGAAGGUGACAACAGUUGGUGAGAUUAUUCGCAAAUGGAAGAAACACAAAAUAAGUGUCAAUCUGUCUCGGCCUGGGGCUCCAUGCAAGAUCUCACCUCGUGGAGUUGCAAUGAUCAUGAGAACGGUGAGGAACCAGCCCAGAACUACACGGGAGGAUCUUGUCAAUGAUCUCAAGGCAGCUGGGACCAUAGUCACCAAGAAAACAAUUGGUAACACUACGCCGUGAAGGACUGAAAUCCUGCAGCGCCCUGCAAGGUCCCCCUGCUCAAGAAAGCACAUAUACAGGCCCGUCUGAAGUUUGCCAAUGAACAUCUGAAUGAUUCAGAGGAGAACUGGGUGAAAGUGUUGUGGUCAGAUGAGACCAGAAUGGAGCUCUUUGGCAUCAACUCAACGUGUUUGGAGGAGGAGGAAUUCUACCUAUGACCCCAAGAGCACCACCCCCACCGUCAAACAUGGAGGUGGAAACAUUAUGCUUUGGGGGUGUUUUUCUGCUAAGGGGACAGGACAACUUCACCGCAUCAAAGAGACGAUGGAUGGGGUCAUGUACUGUCAAAUCUUGGGUGAGAACCUCCUUCCCUCAGCUAGGGCAUUGAAAAUGGGUCGUGGAUGUGUAUUCCAGCAUGACAAUGACCCAAAACACACGGCCAAGGCAACAAAGGAGUGGCUCAAGAAGAAGCACAUUAAGGUCCUGGAGUGGCCUAGCCAGUCUCCAGACCUUAAUCCCAUAGAAAAUCUGUGGAGGGAGCUGAAGGUUCGAGUUGCCAAACGUCAGCCUCGAAACCUUAAUGACUUGGAGAAGAUCUGCAAAGAGGAGUGGGACAAAAUCCCUCCUGAGAUGUGUGCAAACCUGGUGGCCAACUACAAGAAACAUCUGACCUCUGUGAUUGCCAACAAGGGUUUUGCCACCAAGUACUAAGUCAUGUUUUUCAGAGGGGUCAAAUACUUAUUUCCCUCAUUAAAAUGCAAAUCAAUUUAUAACAUUUUUGACAUGCGUUUUUCUGGAUUUGUUUGUUGUUAUGUCUCUCACUGUUCAAAUAAACCUACCAUUAAUAUGAUAGACUGAUCAUUUCUUUGUCAGUGGGCAAACGUACAAAAUCAGCAGGGGAUCAAAUACUUUUUUCCCUCACUAUGUAUUUUGAAAGUCAUUGGCCUGUUAGAUGAGCUAAGUUCUGAUGUUUAAGUAUUUUUUUGCAAGGUAACUGAUCCCCCUUUCACAAUUGCCAUUAAUGUUGUAGCAGUAUGUUAACGUCUCCUCUUCCUUCAACAUUCAUGGAUGGAGAAAAUGGGAAGCAUUUGGUCAGAACGGGUCAGGCUUUUUUGUGAAAAUUAAAUAGGUUGUGUAUUUGGACCACAUUUCUACUGAUUGUUCAAAUUAUGAAACUAACUUUCAGCAAUCAUUUGACUGUACGCAUUGUUCAUGCAAGUUCUGUAGGCUUAAUAGUUGACAAACGCUUACCAGAUAGCAGCUUGCUUCAAUUUAAUGCGUUCUUGGUUUUCUGUUUCAGCGCUGCAGGUUUAAUGGAAGCUCCUCAAGCGCAAGCGUUUGUUCUGUGAAAGCUGGAAUAUGCUAUUUAGGGUAGCCACUCGCCUUGCUACAUUGUGUAUUUAUAGACUCUAAAAUGUUCCAUUCUGUUUGCAAUAAACUUGCUAUUGAACUAAAACGAAAGGUACCUCAGGACAGAAGAAAAAGGCGCAAGUUAAUGAAUAAUGUGGAAAAGUGAGUUUGCAGCAAGUGGACGCUUGCGUGUGGAACUGCCUUUUCUCCUGACCAGACUUUUCAGAUAGAAGCGUCCAAAUUAAAUUUCACGGUUGGUGUAGCUAAUUGUCUUGACAACAGGAAAUAAGGUUUGAAUCCCUGGUUGAGCCAAGCAAGCUGAGGCAUGGCUGAGUGGAUCCGUUUCAAUAUGACUGCAGCCGCCAGUCAGUCAAUGCUGCCUCAGUGAAACACUUCUGUUGGGCGAGGCACUUUCUCAGGGACUGCAACCUGCAGUUGUGCGUGGGCAGUAGAGUGGAGUAGUAUGGCAGGCAGUACACAAAUGAGAUGUCAUUCCGAUCCAAGACAGACAUUGAAGGCCGAUGCUUUCAACGACCUUAAAGAGGGCUUUUAACAGACAGGGAGCUUAUUAGUGAAAUGAAAUUGUUCUUGAGUUUCCUGCAGAAAUUCCAUUUGCCUCAGACUUUGACCCCUGGAUGUUUUCCUGAUCCUGCCAUCACAUGGCCAGCAUUGUUUUCAUAGAUAACAAUCAGGGGCCUUGAGAAUGGCUGCUUCUCUAGUCAAAUGGUACACAGGGCAAAGCAGGAAAUUGGAAGAAUAGGCCCAUGGUCUCUCACAGCGGCAGCCUCCAUUUUUGUCAACCGCUCCUCUGAAUCAGGAUAACUUUAAAAUGUCAGAUGUUUUUUUCUUUCUCCCCCUCCUUUUACAGUUGUUCCUCAUCGACUUUGGUCUGGCCAAAAAAUACAGGGACAACAGGACACGACAGCACAUACCCUACAGAGAAGACAAAAAUCUCACAGGCACAGCUCGCUAUGCCAGCAUCAACGCACACCUGGGCAUCGAACAGAGGUAAGAGCAGUUCACCACCCAGUAAUAUAUUUCGGCCUUCGCUGGAUAUUCUCUAAUCCUUCCUCGUUUGUACACUAAUAGGCCGCAGUGUUUAGGAUCCUAGGACUUAAUAUGUUGGUUAAUGGGUCUCUUCCCCCACUUAUCGGUAUCCACUCAUUUUUUUGUGGCACGAAGGAGCUUUUGAUGUUCAGACUGUUUGUUUGUUCCUGCUGGGGCUGCAGAGUGGCUCUCGAAGGACUUGUCCUCAUGAUGACCAAGCUGCUUCCAUUGGUCGAUCUAGAAUCUAGCAGCCACCAACGGCUGCACUUCCCAUUGACCCAGAAUCCCAGUUUUGACCAACAGGGCCAUAUGAUUUAGCCAGAUCAAUCUUGUUCCCUUAUUCCACCAUUGCUCUCUAUUGAGCUGUACUGUAACCAAGUAAGUCCAAGACUGGAGAUGUGGUGUUUUUCCUGUACUUUAUCUUUUGACAUACUAGUAUGGCAUAUGACCGCAACCUUGCAGUAAUUUUCAUAAAAGCCUUAAUUAAUUGCAAACAUUGCCUUUCGUGAUAAGAUGAUCGAAUUUAACAUUGUUAGAAAUCCUCUUAUUCCCUUGUUUAAACAGGCUUUUUAUGAAUGCUCAUUUUCAUGUUGUCAUUUGAAGCAUUCAGUUGGGAAAUGAAAAAACCCAAAGCAUGUGGCUACUCCACUGAGCCGUGCCCCAAAAACAACAUUAGUGAAGUAGGGGAAAAGAAGGAUUGCCUUCCGUUGAAGCACCAUAACAGGAUAGACACGCCACUCUAUUGGCAUCUCAUAAUUCAAACAAGCAAUUAAUGGUGUCAGCGGUCUGGAAGUUGGUACAGUCUUGUACAGAUCAGCCAUUACAAAAGGCCUUGAGAUGAAUGUGAAAUGUGUUGCGCUUGAACCAACUGAGAUGUAUUACCUGAAUGCCAAAUGUCUGUGUUUGUUUUCAGUCGCCGAGAUGACAUGGAGUCGCUAGGAUACGUCCUGAUGUAUUUCAACAGAACCAGCCUGCCCUGGCAGGGACUAAAGGUAGGCCAGGCAGGUACUCUAGGGCUCCCAGUCCACUAAAUUGGUGGUUAAUAUUUCAUUAACUCGCCCCAGCUUUUCCUCCAUGCUUCUGCUACUAGCUUUUUUUUAAACAGAUUUUCAGCUGUCUCCAUAACAACCUGAAUUCAGCCGAUUUACCAUUUUCAUGACUUCACAUUGGCAUUACAUUUUUUUUACUCUAGCUGAAUGUUUUAAAUAGUUUUAUUCUCUGACAACUUCAGGGAACCAAUUUGUUUGUUUAGUAACAUUGCUUAAUGUGCCUCGUACAUUGCAGGGUAGUUUGUUAGCUAGUCUUACUAGUAGAUUAUCCCUAACUUUCCAUUCAAGUUGUAGUGUUACUUGAGGUCAGCUACUUCCCAAAGGUUCCCGCUAAUUACCUUUUAAAAAUGUAUAUAUCCUGCAGAGAAAUGGGGUGCCUCGAAUGUACAGUUUUAUGCUCUUCAUUGUAACCUCACCUAGACUUGCAUUUCCAACAUAAUGCCCUUUCUGACGCGGCAGAAAUCAGUGUCAGAGUGAGACGCUUAAUUUACAACGAGCAUGGUUAAAUAGGGAACACGAGGUCUGUGCUGUGUCUAAUUACAUGGAAGAGCAGCCUGCAGUACUAGUGCUUGAAACUCAAGUCCUCGGCAAGGUGUUUGGUACAGUGCCUUCAGAAAGUAUUCAUUCCCCUCGACUUUUUACACACUUCGUUGUUGCAGCCUCAAUUUAAAAUGGAAAUGCUUUUUUGUCACUGGCCUACACACAAUACCCAAUAAUGUCAAAGUUUUUAGAAAUGUGUACAAAUUACACUGAACAAAAAUAAACAUAACAUGUAAAGUGUUGGUCCCAUGUUUCAUGAGCUGAAAUAACAGAUCACCGAAAUGUUCCAUACGCACAAAAAUAUGAUUUUGUGCACAAAUGUGUUAACGUCCCUGUUAGUGAGCAUUUCUCCUUUGCCAAGAUAAUCCAGCCACCUGACCUGUGUGGUAUAUCAAGAAGCUGAUUAAACAGCAUGAUCAUUACACAGGUGCACCUUGUGCUGGGGACAAUAAAAGGCCACUAAAAUGUGCAGUUUUGUCACACAACACAAUGCCACAGAUGUCUCAAGUUUUGAGGGAGCAUGAAAUUGGCAUACUGACUGCAGGAAUGUCCACCAGAGCUGUUGCCAGAGAAUUGAAUGUACAUUUCUCUACCAUAAGCCACCUCCAACGUCGUUUUAGAGAAUUUUUCAGUACGUCCAACCGGCCUCACAACCGCAGACCACGUGUAACCACGCCAGCCCAGGACCAGACACAUCCGGCUUCUUCACCCGUGGGAUCGUCUGAGACCAGCCACCCGGACAGCUGAUGAAACUGAAGAGUAUUUCUGUCUGUGUUUUAAAGCCCUUUUGUGGGGAAAAACUUAUUCUGAUUGGCUGGGCCUGGCUCCCCAGUGGGUGCCCCUGCCCAGUCGUGUGACAUCCAUAGAUAAGGGCCCAAUUCAUUUAUUUCAAUUGACUGAUUUCCUUAUAUGAACUCUAACUCAGAAUUUUUUUUGAAAUUGUUGCAUGUUGCGUUUAUAUUUUUGUUCAGUAUAAUGAAAAGCUGAAAUGUCUUGGGUCAAUAAGUAUUCAACCCCUUUGUUGUGGCUAGCCUAAAUAAGUUCAGGAGUAAAAAUGUGCUUAACAAUUCACAUAAGUUGCAUGGACUCACUCUGUGUGCAAUAAUAGUGUUUAGCAUGAUUUGUGAAUGACCUUUUCAUCUCUGUACCCCACACAUACAAUUAUCUGUAAGGUCCCUCUGUCAAGCAGUGAAUUUCAAACACAGAUUCAACCACAAAGACCAGGGAGGUUUUAGGUUUUCUAAUGUGUCGCAAGAAGGGCACCUAUUGGUAGAUGAGUAAAAAUAAAAAAAGACAUUGAAUAUCCUUUUGAUCAUGGUGAAGUUAAUAAUUACACUUUGGAUGGUGUAUCAAUACACCCAGUCAUUACAAAGAUACAGUUGCCGGAGAGAAAGGGAACAGCUCAGGGAUUUCACCAUGAGGCCAAUGGGGACUUUGAGACAGUGACAGAGUUUAAUUGCUGUGAUAGGAGAAAACAACUGAGGAUGGAUCAACAACGUUGAAGUUACUCCACAAUACUAACUAAAUUGACUGAGUGAAAAGAAGGAAGCCUGUACAAAAUAAAAAAUAUUCCAAAACGUGAAUCCUGUUUGCAACAAGGCACUAAAGUAAUACUGUUUAAAAAGAAUUGCUAAGCAAUUACAUUUGGGUCCUGAAUACGAAGUGUUAUGUUUGGGGCAAAUCCAAUACAACACGUUAUUGAGUAACACUCCAUAUUUCCAAGCAUAGUGGUGGUUGCAUCAUGUUAUGGGCAUGCUUGUAAUUGUUAAGGACUGUGGAUAAAAAAGAAAUGGAAUGGAGCUAAGCACAGGCAAAAUCCUAGAGGAAAACCUUGUUUAGUCUGCUUUCCACCAGACACAGGGAGAUGAAUUCACCUUUCAGCAGGACAAUAACCUAAAACACAAGGCCAAAUCUACACUGGAGUUGCUUAAGAAGGCAGUGAAUGUGGCCAAGUUAGUUUGGACUUAAGUCUACUUGAAAAUAUAUGGCAAGACCUGAAAGUGGUUGUCUAGCAAUGAUCAACAACCAAUUUGACAGAGCUUAAAGAAUUUUAAAAAGAAUAAUGGGCAAAUGUUGUACAAUCCAAGUGUGGAAAGCUCUUAGAGAUUUACCCAGAAAGACUCACAGCUGUAAUCACUGCCAAAGGUGCUUCUGCAAAGUAUUGACUCAGGGGUGUGAAUACUUAUGUAAAUUAGAUAUUUCUCUAUUUCAUUUUCAAUACAUUUGCAAAAAAAUGUCGUUAUAGGGUAUUGUCUGUAGAUGGGUGAGAUUAUAUGUAUUUUUGAAUCCAUUUUGAAUUCAGGCUGUAACACAAUUUACCUGGUAAAAUAAGGGUUAAUAAAAUAAAAACAAUGUGGAAUAAGUCAAGGGGUAUGAAUACUUUCUGAAAGCACUGUACAUACCUACAGCACCAAGCCUUUCUUUACAUACUUACUUCCCCAAUUGCCCGGCCUAGCAGUAUGGACUAGGUCGUAAAACACAAUACUUGUGUACACAUAUUUGACCCAUGAAUAGUGUAUUACUCAGAAACACUACUUACUCUAAUGGCCCAAUAUUUCCCUCAGGUGGCUCUUUCAGUGCUAUAAAUCACAUCAGGCCAAACUAAUUCAUUACAUUCUUUUACAUUGUUUAUGGGCCACUGAUCUCACCAGUGGCAGUGAAGUGUGCGCGAAGGGAAACUGCAAAGGGUAGUGUUAAACUGUGGUGCACAACAUUUUCAUUUCUCGCCCACAUGUUCCACAGGCUGCCACAAAGAAACAGAAGUACGAGAAGAUUAGCGAGAAGAAGAUGUCGACUCCAGUCGAGGUGUUGUGUAAGGUGAGCGAGUGAAACCUUAGACAGUGUUUCCCAAACUCGAUCCUCAGGACCCCAAGCGGUGCAUGUUUUGGUUUUUGCCCUAGCACUACACAGCUGAUUCAAAUAAUCAACUAAUCAUCAAGCUUUGAUCGUUUGAAUCAGCUGUGUAGUGUUAAGGCAAAAAUCAAAACGUGCACCCCUUGGGGUCCCGAGGACUGAGUUUGGGAAACGAUGCCAUAGAAGGAUCAAAACCCUUCACGCCCACCUGCGGACUGAGUUUCUCGUAAAGGGAUUCCACUGUGUUAAAUGGAUAAACUCGGUGACAUGCCGUGCCACUAUUUUUAGUCAGGGUCACAGGGACAGAAAUGUAGAUGCUUACUAUGGAAGUCGAGAGAUUACUCGAGUCCAUUAGUGGCCACAUCAGCCAGUGAAGUACGUGCCUGGUUGCUAACUGUUGAAUGCUGUCUCUCUCGUAGUGUACAAGAGCAGAGAUGGUGGCAGGAGGUGCUAAUCUAAUCCAGUCUUUAAAUAGUGGCUGUUAUGCAUAGCCUUGGAACUGAAAGCGUAGUGGCCAUUGGUCAUUAAAAUACUUAAGUAGCUGGCUGAGAGUGCGUGCUCAAGCCUUGCAUUAGACUAUGGAGUAGCUUGUGUAACCUCACAAUCACUUUUUUCUGUCAGUAAUUGCCCUUAUUUUUACCAGAACACAUCUCAAAAUAAUGUAUUAGGCACUGUCUGUCAUUGUAAUGUAUACAUGACAAUAACCAAAACAGUUGAAAAAUGGAUAAAUAGAUAGCCUUCCACCUCCUAUGCUUGUUUUCAGGGAUUCCCUGCAGAGUUUGCCAUGUACCUGAACUACUGCCGUGGCCUGCGGUUCGAGGAGGCGCCUGACUACAUGUACCUGCGUCAGCUGUUCCGCAUUCUCUUCAGGUGCUCAUCAUUUCUCAAACUCUCUUACCUCUUUGUCCCCAAGGGAGCUGAAACACACACACACACCAAGUCAUGUAUUUUUUUCUCAGAACAACUUUGUGUUAGAAACAGAUAGUACUAGAUGUAAGUGUAGUGUCCUUUAUUGAACAAGAAAGUGAAAGGACAAACCGCUAUAGGUCUAUGUUUUGCAUGUAGUCUGUCUGCUUUCAUGUAUGUUUUAGGCUGAAAACAAAUUGUCCUUUGGGAACAGUAAAGAGGUGUUUAAUAAAGCAGAGCUCAGUGUGACAAUGUCUGAAUGUGUUUUUGUCCAGGACCUUGAACCACCAGUACGACUACACGUUUGACUGGACAAUGCUGAAGCAGAAAGCAGCACAGCAGGCCGCAUCCUCAGGGGGACAGGGGCAACCGGCACAAACCCCCACAGGCAAGCAAACUGACAAACCCAAGAGUAACAUGAAAGGUUAGUAGCAAAAAGCCUAGCGACGUUUGGAGUGCAAAAAUGGAGACGCCAAUUGCUUUCAUUUUCGUUCCCCCUUCAAAGUGGUAAAAAAAAAAAGUGGAUUUGGAACAUUCUCUCCCACCAGAUUAAUGAGGAAAAAGAAGGAAAAAAAGUGUUAGUUCGAGGAGGCCCCCAAAAGAUAAAGAGAUUCAAUUGGUCUGUCUUGCAGAUGCAAAGACGUCCUUGGGAAAUUUGACUACUAACUUUGUACCCAAAUGUCUUAAUUUUUCUCUGGGACAAAGGGGUGGCUUUAUAAUCUUCUGUGGAUGUUAAAAUCAUAGUGAUUUCCCUCUUUUGAAUUAACCCCUUCUCUAAAUGGGAUGUACGAUUGACUCUUGAUUUCUCGCAAUCAUUGUUCCUGGAUCUAACACUUGUUAAUCUUUAUUGGAGAUACUUGGAUGAGCAGGAGUGCUAUUCUAACCACACACUAACAAAGGUUUCAUACAUCAUGUUGGUGCAAUGGUAAUAAAUUGCUGUCUGUUUUCAUGUGUAAUUUAGUGCUCAUGUGAUGUGACUCUUGAAUGACCUCUUUUAAUUCCAGUCGCCCCCCUCCCUCUCGUAGAGGGUAUCCCGGGUGCCCAGGGUUGAUGGCGGAGGAGUCAACCCAAUUUUUCAAAAUACCUGAAGCAGUUUUCAUCAGGUGACGACUAGGAUUUCCACAGGGAUUAGGCUAUAGCCCAUUUUAGAUUUGUAAUCUCUGGCAUGAAAUUGCAGGGCGGCCUUGUUGGAUACCAACCACCUGACCUGUAUUAGGUUUAGUAGUAAAGGCACGUUUACAACAAGUCAAUGCCAACUACCUAUUACUUAAAACCACCACAGAGGUGUUCUAUUUUCCCCCCAGCCCAAAUGAAAUCAUGCCUGUCACAUUGACCUCAUCAGACCUCACUGCUCCACACACACCAUGUGUUUAUCCACCCACUGCAUGGAGGACUCUAAUGAAGCCCUCCCUCCGUUCCGUGUGUAUUAGUCCUGAUGUGCCAGCCUGGUUCAGACGGCUUAGGCAGGGCUGAAUUAAGUCCUCAAUACACAAUGGGAAUCAUCUGAGCUAUGUGGAUUAAGUAUGAAUUAUUAGACCAACAUGUUUUGGGGGUUGAGUGCAGGUUAAUUGGAGAGAGAGAAAAAGGCCCAAUGUAUGUUGGUGACGUGACACGGAUGGCACCCCUGAGAGGGCUCAGUGUAUCAGUCCUGCUCUUCCCCAGCACGCCAGCCCCUCUGACUUAGCAGAGGGGCGACCAUUUUGUGUGACGUAUUGUUGGUCAAAUCCUGCCCCAAACAGGGCUUCCGGUGGCUUAUAUUUACUGAUGGUUAUAGUUUUUUUUUGUAUGAGAUGCUUUCUUUCGAUGACGUCAGGCAAAUCCUUUUCUGCCCCGCUGUCCGGGCACGACUAAUGACAGUGCUCUGUCUCCGCUCUGCCGAGAAGAGCUUUGAAAGCCAUUAAAUAUGAAUAUGAAAUCAAAGCAGGAGGACACUCUCUGCCCUGCUCCCUCCUCUCUCUUCCCCUCUUUCAAGGCACAUCCACAUCAUGGCAGUGAACAAGUGCUGUGAAUAGAGGCUAGUUAUAAAUAGGAUUUGCUGAUGACGUGGUAUUAGUCUAAUACUUUGUGUGCACUGUCUGUUUUAGCAUGUGGACUCCAUGCGCACAGUAGCUUGCAGCACAGUUGAGCGCUGCUUUAUGUGCCUUCCUGCAGGGGUGGAGAGACCGAAGUUUUCCUUACUGAACGGAUAAAAAAAGGACCUUUGUUAACGGACCCCCUGCUCACAAGCAAAGCUAAAGAAAUAUCCUCUUUCUCAUUUCUCAUGUUUUUGUAUAUAAAAGGACAUCUAUUUCUAGGUCUGGUGACGGUAGUUAUUUGUUCUCUGCUACUCUCUGUCCCUUUAAGAUAACUAUGCCAGUGAAGGGUGCUGAGUACCCACAGCCAGGAAUUUAAAUAGCCAAGCUCUGAAGUAUUGGAGCUUGAAAGAACUUGCUGGUUUCUUGGAUACCAAUUUGAGUUGGCUACUCUGUUAGCCUUGUAACAAUGGAAAACUUGUUAAUGCGAGUUUGCGUUUCAGCCCUCCUGUAUUGCCCAAUUGCCUCGUAUUAUGAUAUUUGUUUAGAGCAUGCCACGUUGAUAUAAUCAGGGAAACACAAGUGGCUAACUCUCAUAGCAUACUCCAUUAACCCAGGCCUUUACUCUCUAAAACAUUUUGAUCAUCACAUGGUCAUUUAGUGUCUGUGUAGGGCCUAAAUGUCAUCGUCAUGUUGCUGUGAAGUCUUCUAAAGGGUAUUUGCUAUAUUAGAAGAGGCUUGUUCUAUUAAUAGCUCACAUAUGGAGAAUUGAGCUGCCCUUUCACCCCUGUGAGUGUGGCUGGUCUUUUCCAUCAGCUGGCCCCUCCACUCCAACUAAACGAAACAAGGACACUUGAAACGGCAGGAACCUCCUUCAUAUCCGUGUGUUUCUUUCAUCAUCGAACCAAUGACUCACAUUGACGUCCAUUAAAUAAGCAAAAGCUGCAGAGCGUUUCAUGUGUAAUUCAGAACCAUUACUUUUGCUUAUUUCUCCGGCGGAUUGAUCCUCUGGUGGCUCUCUGUAGACUCUCCCAUGUAAUGCCUGCAGCAAAACUGCACCUUUCCUUUGAGUCCUACCACAUCGGAGAGAAUUGCUGUAGCAGAAGGAGGUGACUCAUAUGGGUGUUCGUGUCAAAAAUGCUUCACAUAUCACUCAGAUCUGAUGAGAUCAUGUCCAGACUUGAGCUGCACUCAUCUAAACUCACUCGGUGAGGCUCAGAACGCAUCAUCAAGGUGUGAAGGCUUGCUUGAGGAAGACAAAAGAUUGUCAAAGCCCAUGAGAAAGAUUGAGGAAUCCUCAUACAUCUUAGGGUUACCCAAUCCUGUUCUGCCCAUGUUCCUCUCCUUUGGAUUGGCGACUCUCUAAAGGCCAGCUGCCACAUCACUGAGCUGCAUGGGUGUGGCUAUGGAGAUGGAAUGCAUGUCAUUGGGUAAUGGCUGUCUGUAAAGAUUACCUUCCACUGCAGUGAAGCAUGAUGGGAGUUUGACUCACACAGGCAAGCCACAUCCCCAUUUUGUCUUUAGAAGUGUUUUUGUUUGAUAUCUCGGUUGAACUACGCCCUUUAAAAAUAGAUUUAUUGAUAAGCCGCAUCGUUUCCUUAUGCGCUUUCCACUUGUCUUUCUGUCUAUACCCACUCUCUGGUACACUACACAGCUGCUGUUGUCUUCUGUACUAGUUGUGAACCUCUUAAGGUGGUGGUGAAUGUCUUCAUUACAGGAGGCUCAGAGUAAAGGCUCCAUAAAUGUUUGAUUCCCCCCUCUCAGGCACUCUGCAGCAGUGGGUCCCAGCUUGCUGCAGAGCGGGACUGAUGACUGGGCACUUUUUUUAUUACAGGGCUGGAAAACUGCCGUGAUUUACUUGGCCUUGUUGAUAGCAGUCGCUCAACCCUUUUUGAUAAAGAUAACCCGUUGUUCUACUUGAUGUGUAACCUACGGCCUCUCUGUCUCUGUCUCUAUCUCUUCUCGUUUCUCUUGCAGGUUUCUGA